AUGCAGCAGGAACAUUUGUUUAAAGUUCUUGUUAUCGGGGACCUUGGAGUCGGUAAAACCUCGAUAAUAAAGCGAUACGUUCAUCAGAUAUUUUCUCAACACUAUCGCGCCACCAUCGGCGUAGAUUUUGCUUUGAAAGUACUUCAAUGGGACAAUGAAACGGUUAUUCGCCUCCAGCUCUGGGAUAUUGCCGGCCAGGAGCGCUACGGCAACAUGACUCGUGUGUAUUACCGAGAGGCGCUGGGGGCGUUGGUGGUGUUCGAUGUGACGCGGGCGUCCACCUUUGACGCCGUCCUGAAGUGGAAGGAUGACCUCGACACCAAGGUCACGCUGACCCACGGCAGACCCGUCCCAGCCGUCCUACUGGCUAACAAGUCUGACCAGGUCUUCACCCCUCUGCCCAAGAUGGACGCCUUCUGCCGUGACAACGGCUUUGUAGGCUGGUUCCCGACCUCAGCCAAGGAGAACACCAACAUCGAGGUGGCAGCCAGGUGCCUGGUAGAAAACAUCCUGACCAAUGAGGAGACAGCGGCCCCUAAGGACGAUCCUGAUUUGCUGAUCCUCCCUGGCCACAACAACACCACCAAGGAGAGAGCCCGCUGCUUGUCCUGUGCCAAGACCUGACCAAUUAGUGACAACCAGGAAGUGACCAGUGGCAUUGCUUGUGACCCACCGCUCCACCCAACCCUGGACUGCAUCUCUGCUCUUCAUACAGUAGAAUCUGGGGUGGUCAGGAUACUGGAUACUGCCCAACACUUUUUAUUUAUCCUGUAUUCAUACAGGGGAGGUGUCGAGGUGGGCUGGGACACAGAGAGACUGGGGAGGGUAGGA